GUAAUACUAUUACUGAUGAUGAUGAGGAUGAUGAUGGACCUCCGUUCCUCCAGCUGCUGUGUCCUGCAGAGGCCUUGAUUGGGUUAAAAGUCGACAAGCAUCAUCAUGAACAUCCUAUCAGUGGGCUAGUGCGCAGUCCCACACCCAGACCACCGCCUGCGUUUACGGAGACAGGGUGCAUGUAUGUGUCAUUCCGGCAGACCGCUUCUCAGUGAGAAACGACCUUCUUUCGCCGCGACGUGUUCCUCUCUUUCUGAGUGUUUUGUUAAACUAGUGGUGGAUACUGUAAACGUAAUCCGUUUUCGGUUAAUACAUUCAAUUUAGGCGAGCACGAACGAAACGCAAGCAUCCAGAGCUUUUGAACACUUCGAUAAGACCCCUGUUUGUGUCAGACUACAGACUGGCCUAGAUGUCUCACCUGGAUUUCAGCGCUCAGUAUUGGAGCCCACACAGCCAUCUAAAUUCCUGUGGCCGUGGAGCAAUGUUGAAGGAAGAUGUGUACAGAGGAGUGGCAAACCCUGCGCCAGGCCAGAAGGAGGAGGACGAUGGCCCUGAGUGACGCCAAUGGUGACCUCCUGCUCCUCAGCAAUGGCAGCCUGUCACCCAGCGUCACAGAGGCCAGUGCGAGCCUCAGCAGCACGGAAAGAAGGGACGUCAGCGUUGUAUCCACACCCAGAACACAGCGGAGGCAGAGGCACCAACCAAGGCCAACACCACCGCACAAGGAGCUGCAGCAGAGAUCCAGAGUGAGUCAGAAUGGAAGCAUCAUCAAGCAGAACGGUUCCCUAAGGGCCCCUUCCUCUUCCUCCACCUCAUCACACCUCACAGACUCUCAAAGGUUGUCCAAGCUCCUGCCCUCCACAACCUCCUUCCCCUCUACUCCUCCGCUGUCUCCACCUCCCCCGUGCUGCCACCGCUGCCCAUUCCAUCCCCCCCUGUGCUGCCACGGCAACCAGCAGGAGUGCCACAUCUUCCAGACCCAUGCCCCUGCCCUGCCCCUUCACCCGGGCUCCUGCUGCCUGCAGGCCUCUCCUCCAUCCCUUUGUUUACACCACCGCUGGCAGGAGCACCUCCAGAACCAGCCCACUGUGGCUGGCCUCAGCCCUCCAAGGCCUUUUCGGUUCCCAAAAAGCUAUGCAGAGCUGAUUGCUGAUUGGCCAGUGGUGGUGCUGGGGGUGUGUACAGUCCUCAUCGUGGUGUGUGCCCUGGUGGGUAUUCUGGUGCCAGACCUGCCAGACUUCUCAGACCCCUUACUGGGAUUUGAGCCACGAGGCACGGCCAUAGGCCAGCGAUUAGUCACAUGGAAUAACAUGGUGAAAAACACAGGGUACAAAGCAACCCUAGCUAACUACCCAUUCAAGUAUGCCGACGAGCAGGCGAAAAGUCACCAAGAGGACAGGUGGGCUGAAGAUCACUUUGACAGAGAUAAAAGACAAGCUGACUGGGACUUCAGUAAAGACAGUUUCUUCUGUGAUGUCCCAGGUGACAGAUACUCCAGAUUAGUAUUCACAUCUGCAGAGGGGAAGAACCUUUGGAAUAUACAAGCAAUUAAAUCCAUGUGCAAUUUGGACAAUACACGGGUGCGCUCCCAUCCCCAGUACUGGAGCCUGUGCCAGCGCACCACCGACGCCUCCUGCUGCCCCAGCUGGACCCUGGGUAACUACGUAGCCAUCCUCACCAACAAGUCCUCCUGCCAGAAGAUCACAGAGCGCGACGUGUCACACACCCUCAAGAUCCUGCGCUCCUGCGCUAAAUACUACCACAACGGAACACUGGGCCCCGACUGCUGGGACAUGACCACGCGCAGGAAGGACCAGUCCAAGUGCACCAUCGUCCCCCGCAAGUGCACCAAGUACAACGCCGUUUACCAGAUCUUCCACUUCCUGGUGGACAAAGACUUCAUGAGCCCAAAGAACACCGACUACCUUAUCCCUGUCCUGAAACAUGGCAUGCUGUUCUCCCCCACAGAGAAAGGGGAGACCAUGAUGAACAUUUACCUGGACAACUUUGAGAACUGGAACUGCUCGGACGGCAUCACCACCAUCACGGGGAUUGAGUUCGGUAUCAAACACAAUCUGUUCCAGGACUACCUACUGACGGAUACCGUGUAUCCGGCCAUAGCCAUAGUGAUUGUGCUGUUUGUCAUGUGUGUGUACACCCGAUCUGUGUUCAUCACCCUGAUGACCAUGAUCGCCAUCAUCAGCUCCCUGAUCGUGUCCUACUUCCUGUACCGCAUGGUGUUCGACUUUGAAUUCUUCCCCUUCAUGAACCUCACAGCCCUCAUCAUCCUGGUGGGCAUCGGGGCGGAUGACGCCUUUGUCCUCUGUGACGUGUGGAACUACACCAAGUUCGACAAGCCCAACGCUGAGCUGUCGGAGACAGUGAGCAUCACUCUGCAGCACGCCGCCCUCUCCAUGUUCGUCACCAGCUUUACCACGGCUGCCGCCUUCUACGCCAACUAUGUUAGCAACAUCACCGCAAUCCGUUGUUUUGGCGUUUACGCCGGCACGGCCAUCUUGGUUAACUACAUACUGAUGGUGACCUGGCUGCCGGCCGUGGUGGUGCUCCAUGAGCGUUACCUGCCCAACAUCUUCACCUGCUUUCAACCUCCCCCACAGCAGAGUGGGUUCUGCACUCUCUGGGCCAACCUGUGCCAGAAGGCCAGCAAGUGCCUGUUCACCAUCUCCGAGGCCUCCCGAAUCUUCUUUGAGAAGGUGCUGCCCUGCAUCGUGAUCAAGUUGCGCUACCUCUGGCUCUUCUGGUUCCUGGCCUUCACAGUGGGAGGGGCGUACGUGGUGUGUGUCAACCCCAAGAUGAAGCUGCCCUCCCUGGAGCUCUCAGAGUUCAAGGUGUUCCGCUCCUCUCACCCCUUUGAGCGCUACGACGCAGAGUACAAGAAACUGUUCAUGUUUGAGAGAGUCCACCAUGGGGAGGACCUGCACAUGCCCAUCACCAUCAUCUGGGGGGUCACCCCCGUGGACAAUGGGGACCCCCUCAACCCUAAGAACAAAGGCAAACUUAUGCUGGACAACACCUUCAACAUCGCCAGCCCAGCCUCCCAGCUGUGGAUCCUCAACUUCUGCCAGAGGCUAAGGAACCAGAGCUUUGUGUUCCAGUCGGAGGAGCAGGACUUCACCAGCUGCUUCAUUGAGACCUUUAAACAGUGGAUGGAGAACCGGGACUGUGAAGAGGCCUCGGUCUACCCUUGCUGCAGCCAGUCAACAUUCCCCUACAAGCAGGAAAUCUUUGAGCUGUGCAUCAAGAGGGCCAUCAUGGAGCUGGACCGCAGCACCAGCUUCCACCUGGACAGUAAGACCCCCGGGCCUCGCUUCGACAUCAACGACACCAUCCGGGCCAUCGUCCUGGAGUUCCAGAGCACCUACCUGUUCACACUGGCCUACGAGAAGAUGCACCAGUUCUACCAUGAGGUGGACACCUGGAUCCAGGAGGAGCUGAAGAGCGCCCCGGCCGGACUGAAUUACGGCUGGUUCGUCAGCAACCUGGAGUUCUACGACCUGCAGGACAGCCUAUCGGAUGGCACUCUUAUCGCCAUGGCAUUGUCCGUGGUUGUGGCCUUCGUGGUCAUGCUCCUCACCACCUGGAACAUCAUCAUUAGCCUCUACGCCAUCCUCUCCAUCGCGGGCACCAUCUUCGUCACGGUGGGCUCGCUGGUUCUAUUGGGCUGGGAACUCAACGUGCUGGAGUCAGUCACCAUCUCAGUGGCGGUGGGUCUGUCGGUGGACUUUGCGGUGCACUAUGGAGUCGCUUAUCGCCUCGCCCCUGACCCCGACCGUGAGGGGAAAGUCGUCUUCUCCCUCGGCCGGAUGGGUUCCGCUAUUGCCAUGGCGGCGCUCACCACGUUUGUCGCCGGGGCGAUGAUGAUGCCAUCCACGGUGCUGGCCUACACCCAGCUGGGCACCUUCAUGAUGCUUAUCAUGUGCAUCAGUUGGGCCUUCGCCACCUUCUUCUUCCAGUGCAUGUGCCGUUGCCUGGGCCCCCAGGGCACCUGUGGACAGAUCCCCCUGCCCAAGAGGUUUCAGUGUCAGGCUUUCAAAGAGGGCACCACCAACGUCCCCUCGCCCCAGGGCAAGCAUGGCACCAAGUACCAACUGGACAGUCGAGGAGGAGAGGUGGAGCAUGAGCAUUACGAGCUGGAACCAUUAGCUUCAAACCCUAGGAAUGAGGAUAAACCUGCAGAGGAACAGGAGACGUGCACCCAGCUCUAUAAUGGAAUAGCCCCCCACUCUGCCCCCUGCACACACAUCCCCUUUAAGAGCAAGGCAGAGCCCGGCAGAGGGCCCUGCUCUGAAAAGGGACUGGGCACACUGGCUAAUAAACCCAGAUCCAAAUGCCAGUACACUCAUAACCCAACCUGCGCAUGUGGGGACCCCCCUCCUCCUCAGCAGUCUAUGGGUAUGCAGUGGACUCCCCACCCAUGCACUCAAACAACCCAGGACUCCCCAUGCCCCACUCCUCAGUUCCCCCUCACAGGCAGCCAUGCCAACAAAGGCCAGAACUUCCUAUCCACUCUGGACGCCGUCUACAAACCCAUAGAUUGCCGUAUGAACUAUGUACACUGUCCCCCAUCCCACUUCCACCACUGCACCCCGGGCAGGAUGCCCAGACAGGGCCCUCACAGCUGCCACCUCAGAAGCUACUGUGUUCACACUGUCCCCGUCCUGGGUGGCCUCCCCAGGGACCAGAGCUCUGCCCCAGACCCAUCUGGGCUGGAGGAUUCACACCGGACUGGAGGGUCCUCUGGCCCUGGUGACAGUCCUAACACCCCAGCUCAGACUCAAGGUCCUCCUGCCUCUCCUCUGGGCUGCACGUUAGCCCACACACACCAAGGCUGCUGCAGGGCCAACCAUGGAACGGUAAACGCUCCAAGCGUGGAUAAUCAUGUGUCCACCACAACGCAAAAAGGCGCUUGUCAUAAGAUGCCCAGCAACCAGGAGAAGCUCGAAACUAGUAGUACUCCCAUCACACAGGAAGCAAGUGUUGAAAAGUGCAAACAGAAGCCCAAAAAGGAGAGGGCAUCCUCAGCCUCUCCUAAGAAACUCUACUGUUUUAACAGAACUUUGAAAGUAAAGUGCAAUUCUGUCGAGUUUAAUGUGCCAAAAGCUGAAGCCAAUGUGCCUGCUCUUGCAAUAAAUUCAAAACCCUUAUCUGAAAGUUUAUGUUGACAGCAAAUAAACUUAUAAGAUCAUUCUGAAAGACUAUAUCUAAAGAGUAAACGUUUGUCAUAUCAAGCAAUAAUGUGCAGUGUCCCUGUGCAAUUAAAGUGCUUGGUAUAUUUCAUAGACCAAGUGCCUCAUGUCUUUCAUCUAAAAGUAUGGUCCUAUAUGUUCUGUGAUUACUGUAUCUACUGUGCAGAUAAAAUUGGUUUGAUCAGUCAUAUGUACUGUUUUUGAGUACACAGUAAAUAUGUGGUGUGUUUAUGGAGCUCUAACAUGUCUAAGGACAGGUGAACCAUUAUACUUUAUUCUCUAGGAACCACAGGCCUUCUUAGUUAGACGUCUGUUUCACGUUGCCAGAUGCCUCUCGGUCCAAUAUGAAAGAUGCACUGUAUGAUUAUAAAGUCAUUUGAACCCAAUUGUCUGUUUUUUUCCCACAGCUCUAUAGUAUGAAAUGAAAGUAUCUCAAGGUUUUGUUCAAAGGGCAUGGUUUGGAAUAACAAAUGGCACACCUGUUUCAUUGUCUCACUCCCGCUGGCGCCUUGUGAAGAUUUGCUCUGUCUGGCCUGAGGCCACAGUGCUGUGCUGGGCUCUCAUACAUCACACAGACGUUUAAUUUCUAAUCUCCACUCCUCAAGAGCCUGCAUCAUAUUCCAAGCUGGUCAUACACUGUAAGUCUAUGAGAAAUGCUGACCUCCUACAGCAGGGAUCCUCAACUAGAUAAAAAAUUAAAUAUUGAGCGGAUGGUCAGGGGACCGGAACAUAAUUACAAAUUAUUUGUAGACUGCAGAUUGACCGCAAGGAGCCCAAACAGAUAUAUAUUUGACUAAAACACAAUCAUUUGAAACCUUGCUUACAUUUGCAUAUAAUCACAUCUCUCCAUUAUGCGUUGGAAUACUUGGCAACAGAUUUCCAAAAAUAAAAUCACUUGGAGCUGAUUUUCUGGUGUGGGCGGGGGGAUAAAACCAUCCGCAUGCCAAAUUCCCAGUUAGGGAACCCUGUUAUAGACCAUCCGCACCCCUCAUCCACAGAGUCAUUUUCUAACAGUGGCCAAGGACGUAUGUGAAAAGGGCAUGAAUUUCAAAGAUAAACUCUGAAACCCAACAAUGGUAUAACACAUAUGGGUCCCAUCAUUUGAUCUUGUAACAUAUCAAUGACAUGCUAUUUUAUUACCUUUCUCAGAAUCUUUGGCUGCCCUUUGUUAACUCCGUCCAAUAAAAAGUAAAGUAUC